UGGAGUAUAUACUACAGGCCCUGUCUUGCAGAUGCCCUGUUUAUUCGACUGGCCUGAAGGGUAUCUAUCCUACUUUUGUUCGUAGUAACCGUACUGUGCGGUGUUGCUCUACUUCCACUUCACCCUACUGUUCACUCCAACAAACCUCACUCACAAUGCAUCUUCCCACCCCGCUCCUCAUCGCUUUAUCCUCCCUCCUCACCAUCACGACCAGCACCCCCAUCGGCACACCCCAUAACAUCUACCUCAGCACCUGCACAACCCGCUCCCUCCUCUCAGACUCCACCCUCUCCUCCGCCAUCCUCUACUCUGGCCCCGCCUCCAGCACCUCCCCCACCGACAUCGGCACCGUCUCCUCCUCGCGCGCUAUCCAAUGGGCCGGCUUCACGCGACGCGUAGACCUUGAAUCUGGAGUCUUUGAAUCGAAGAUCAGCCAGAGUGCUGAUACGUUUGCGAAGAGCGAACUAGCUGGGUCGGCAACGUUGGCUGGGAAUGGGGGAACAAAAGAGGAGUUUGUGUGCUUUAGAGAUGGGACGAGUACGUUCCGUUUUGGGGGUGGGGUUGUGGGUGGGAGUGGUGAGACGACGGUUUGUGUGGCGGAGUUUUGGUGUGCGAGUGUUGGGGUUUAGGUUGGAAGAUGGAUAGAAGGAGAAGGGUAUGCAUAGCAUUUGGGGUACAAAUUCAGAGCAAUGGUAUUUUGAUCACGCUUGGGUCUCGUCUUAUUUCCAUCCCUUGGUAUUGUUGGCAACCCGCUCUCGUACCCACAACGAUCUAGCACUCCAACCAUCACCUGGCAGUCGAAGAACAUCGUUUUUGCGUACUAAUGAUGCCACAUUUCCUUUCUAUAAAGGAUGCAUGUUGAUUGAGGGAUCACGAAUAAAACGUCAAAAAACAUACAACAGCGAUUAUUCGCCAGUGGUCACCCACCUGACUACUAGUUCGCCGGUCAAAGGCUUAACGUGUGGAGAGCGAACGGGAUCCAGUGUUUAUCC